AUGACCGUCUUCAUUGCCUCGCUCUUCCUUCCUAAAACCGUCCACUUCACACUUCCCGGGACCCCCCCGCGCGGCUCGCACUCGGAGAAGAAGCAGCCUCCCCCCGCCGAUGACAGAUUCCCCCUCGAGAGACAGCCGAGCUUGUUCCAGCCGCAAGUCAACCUAACUACGCCCCCUCAUACCCCGACCGAGGAGCGGAAGCGCGACGACCCCUUCACCAACGAGGAUGGCCUGCGCAUCCAGCUGCCGCCCCUCCAGCUCCCCGCCGACGGGCUCCGGGCCCCCAUCGACCGGAACUCUCCCACGUGGGGCGGCCGCGCCGACCAGCCCAAGUCGCGCGCCAAUUCGCCUCCUCCCCCCUCCAUCCUGGAGAACAUCCGGAACAUACAGGCAAAGGCCAAGGAGCUGGGCCGCCAGGGCAUAACUCAGCCGAGGACUCUCGUCAGGAGCGAUAGCCACGACAGGGUCUUUGCCCACGCCAACUGGAAAGUCUCGAGCGCGGACCAGGGCAACGGCGGGCUGCGGAAUGCUGCCGAGGCCGCUUCAAGAGAGGGCAAGCUGGGAGACUACACGUGGGUCGGGACGCUGGGCAUGCCGACCGAUGCCUUGCUCGGCACGCAGCAGCUGCAGGACAUCGAGGACAGGCUAGCGACGGAGCACGACAUGCUGACCGUCUUCUGCUCCGACAAGGACUUCGACGGCCACUACUCGCACUUUUGCAAGCAGAUCCUUUGGCCCGUCUUCCACUACCAGAUCCCCGACAACCCCAAGAGCAAGGCGUACGAGGACCACUCGUGGAAGUACUACGUCAACCUGAACCAGGCCUUCGCGGACAAGAUUGUCAAGAACUGGAAGAGGGGGGAUGUCGUCUGGGUCCACGACUACCACCUGCUGCUCGUGCCCGGCAUGGUGCGCAAGAAGCUCCCCGACGCCAAGAUCGGCUUCUUCCUGCACGUGGCAUUUCCGUCGUCGGAGGUGUUCAGGUGCCUGGCCGUCCGGAAGGAGCUGCUCGAGGGCAUGCUGGGCGCCAACCUGAUCGGCUUCCAGAUCCACGAGUACACCCGACACUUUCUGCAGACGUGCAGCCGCCUCCUUAGUGCCGAGGCUACGCCCGACGGGCUGCAGCUCGAGGACCGCUUCGUCGACGUGCUUAACUUGCCCAUCGGCAUCGACCCCGUGAGCCUCAGCCACCAUCGCAAGGAGGACGAGGUCAAGAGGUGGCUGGACAUAAUGCGCGAGCGCUAUGCCGGCAAGAAGCUCAUCGUGGCCCGGGACAAGCUCGACCACGUCCGAGGGGUUCGGCAGAAGCUCCUCUCGUACGAGCUAUUUCUUAAUAAGAAUCCCGAGUGGCGAGACAAGGUCGUGCUCAUCCAGGUUGCGCUCUCUACUAGCGAGAAGAGCGAGCUGGAUGCGACGGUCUCGGACAUCGUGACGCGGGUCAACUCGUCGUGGGCCAACCUGGCAUACCAGCCCGUCGUCUACCUGAAGCAGGACAUUGACUACGCCCAGUACCUCGCGCUCCUGAGCAUCGCCGACGCCCUCAUGAUCACGAGCCAGCGCGAGGGCAUGAACCUGACGUCACACGAGUACCUCUUUUGCCAGGACGGAGAGAUUGGCGACAAGAAGCACGGGUCCCUGAUCCUGUCCGAGUUCACCGGCACGUCGUCCCUCUUUGGCGGCAACGAGCUGUCUGUCAACCCGUGGGACUACCGGGCCUGCGCCGAAGCCAUCAGGACGGCGCUGGAGAUGGGCGACAAGGAGAAGGAGCGGCGUUGGUCCAAGCUAUACGAGGCAGUAAACCACCACACGGGCUCCCACUGGUUCACCGAGUUCAUGUCCAGGCUGGACCGCGUCUACGAAGAGCAACACCGCCGCGACCAGACGUCGGUCCCGCGGCUCUCGAUGAGCGCUCUCGGCCAGCAGUACAAGCGAACCGACCGGAGGCUUUUCAUCCUCGACUUUGAAGGCACUCUGGUGAGCUGGGGACCCGUCAACCAGAUCAUUCCCGUCAGCCCUCAGCGCACUCUCGAUGUGCUGAACGAUCUUCUUCUCGAUGACCGAAACACCAUCUACGUCAUGUCGGGCCGCCGGCCAGAGGAGCUGGACCGCCUGUUCCACCGCGUUCCCAACCUGGGGCUCAUCGCCGAGAACGGCUGCUUCCUCAAAGACUGCGGCAGCUCGACGUGGACCGAGAUGGCCGACUCCGAACAGAUCCGGUCGUGGAAAGAGUCAGUCAAGAACAUCCUGACGUACUACUUGGAGCGCACCCCGGGGGCGGAAAUCGAAGACCGCCGUUGCUCCUUGAUCUUCCACUACAAGUCUGCCGAGGACUACGAGGCAGCAAUGCGGCAGGCCACGGAUUGUGCUAGUCACAUCAACGACGCGUGCGAGGAGCAACACGUGCAUGCGAUCCCCCUGGACGGUUGCGUGCUGGUCGAACCCAUAGACUGGACCAAGACGACGGCGGCCGCGAGGAUCUUUUCGGAUCUGCAGGACGGCAUGGCCCCCGACGAGAGGCACAAGUCACCCGUCGACUUCCUCAUGGUGAUAGGCGACGGCCGCGAGGACGAAAAGGUGUUCAAGUGGGCCAACUCUCUGGGCGGGGAGGGCAUGGUCAAGGAGGUUGUCACGGUCAGCCUGGGAAGCCGGAAUACCGAGGCAGCCGCCACUCUGACGCAGGGCGUAAGCGGUAAGCGCUUUGCCACUUUCCUCCCCUUUGUUCGUGUUGGCCAAUGGCCAAGGUCCAAGCGAGACAGUCAGUGCUGA